AGAGUUGUGAUUAGCAGAAGAAAGGGCGGCUAGACCAGUGCCUAAACUCCAGCCGGCACCAUGACAUUCUGGAGAGUGACUUUUUUGUUGGCAGUAGCAUAUAAUCAGGUUCGAGCUGACAUCGUUCCUGCCGAAUAUGUCGAAAAUGUUUCGCAAAAUAAUGGCGCGUCCCGCAUCGUGUCGGGCUGGGACGCGGCGCCGGGACAGUUCCCGCACCACGCGGCGCUGCGCAUGGUGAACGCGGCGGGCGGCGUCAGCGGCUGCGGCGGCUCCGUUGUGCACAACAACUGGGUCAUCUCGGCUGCGCAUUGCACUGCCAGACAAGUAUACAUCAUAGUCUACGCCGGCGUGGUUUCCAUCAAUACUGCCGAGUACUCCGGAGAGACGCGCGAGUGGUACAACUACCCCACCUUCAACGACAACACCCCCCAGGUGGUCCAGCCUAACGAUAUCGCUAUCCUUAGGCUGCCCAUUCCUGUUGUUUAUUCUGAGUUGCUGCAGCCAAUCCGCAUCCAGAGCGCAGCGGACGCGUACAGUGACUACCACAACGAGAUCGUGCAGGCCAGCGGACAUGGAAGGCUUUGGACUGACGGCGCCACACCCGAGAUCCUGAACUGGGUGUACCUCCGCGCGAUCAGCAACUCGGUGUGCCAGCAGACGUACGGCGUCAACCUCAUCACCACCACCACGAUCUGCACCCAGGCCUACAACGUCACUUCGCAGUCCGUCUGCCAGGGUGACAGCGGCGGUCCACUGAUCAAGAGCAACAGCGCAGGACAGCAAGUGCUCAUCGGUGUGGCGUCGUUCGUGGCCGGAGGGCAGUGGGGCUGCCACUCCGGCCUGCCUGCCGGUUUCUGCAGGACCGGUCCUUUCCUUGGCUGGCUUGAACAAAUAACAGGAAUUGAUUUCGAAAAGCUUUGGGAAGAAGUUGAGACUACUGUAGCACCCACCACCACUACUCAAGCACCCACCACUACUCAAGCACCCACCACUACUCAAGCACCCACCACUACUCAAGCACCCACCACUACUCAAGCACCCACCAGUACUCAAGCACCCACCAGUACUCAAGCACCCACCACUACUCAAGCACCCACCACUACUCAAGCACCCACCACUACUCAAGCACCCACUACCACACAAGCACCCACCACUACGGAAGUGCUAACCACAACUCCACCUGUAACUGAAACUACCACCACUGAGCCAGAUAGCGAAGAACCCGAAUCGAGCGAAGAAGACACCUCCGAAGAAAAUUCUGAUGAGGAACUGUCAGAGCUGCUGAAGAAACUCGAAGUGAAGGUCAAGGUUAAUGUCAAGUUGAACAAAUACGGAAAUAAGAGGGAACAUAAGCACAAGCAUAAAGUAACCUUGUAAUUGCUGUGUCUAUACCGUACAAAUUUUCUUUAAAUUAUGCAUUGCUGUAUAAAUACAUUGUGUGAGAUGCUAUUUUAAUGAAUAAAAAUUUAAAUGUUUA